CUGUCUUUCAUUGUGAAAGAUCGUAGCCUUCAGACUAACUUUGACCUCAAACAUUCUACAAAAAACAUGAACAUAUCACUGACUUCACUCAAUAUUCUCAUAUUAUUCACUUUAUUCUCAAUGACAUCUGCAAUUAAAACGAAAUCAAAACCAUCGUCAAGUCGUUCGAGAUCACGUUUGAGAUUCACCAAGAGAUUAUCACAAGCUGGCUCUAUUGAACGGACGGCGUUAUUCAGAUCAACUAUAUUAGGACUAACUGCUGGUUAUGUAAGCUAUCAAGCUGGCAAGCACAUAAUUAGCAGCCCAUCUAAUGCUAUGACAUUCGAAAACCGUCAAUACUUCUGGGAUUCAACGUUCUUCACACCGUCAGAAGAACUACCAACCCAAUGUAUAAACAAGAUUGAUCCGAAUGAUCCUCAAUUAGGAAGAGUAUACUUCCCAGAUGAAAGUCGUCCACAUGAGAUUGUCUAUGGCUGCCCUGAAUCAGAGCUUUGUUGUGGUUACGAAUGCUGCAAAGAAAAUACAUUUUUUACUAGUUUAUUUACUCUUCUUGUAAUGAUUUUGGUAUUUUCCAUAUUAGGAAUAUUCUUCAUUGAAGCUUUUCGAUGGGCCUUACACUGUUUUUAUAUUUGCAAAUAUGGUCGUGAUCGUCAAUUUGAGCCAUUAAGUAUCUAA